AUGGCUUCGACAUCUUUCAGCGGCAAUGGCUACGUGAUGGGCUCCCGCAUCCCCAUUCGGGACGUCAACCCCAUCAACACCGAGCCCACCUCGGCCUCGCCCGUCCGAAUCGCCUCCCGCAUCAUUGGAGCGAGAGCAGAGUGCACCGGCUCCGCCAGCCAGUGCGAGAAACCCGUCGACCCUUCCAGCCUGACCCUGCCCAUUACCCUGGGUAUCACAAUCCCCAUCGUCGGCGCGCUUUUUCUGCUGUUCUACUUCCACCGCAGGAACGUCAAGAGACAGGCACUCGAGGAUGCAACUGACCCGAACCGCGGCCUGGAUUUCGGAAUGGGCGAAACCUCUCCCGACAAGGGCGGCAAGAAGCGCAAGAGUCUCAUGUUUCGCGAAAAGGGGGGCACGGGCGUCGACACGAAGCAUCGUCAGCUGUCUAUGGACAUGAACCUGUCCAGCCCCUACCUCCUCCCGCCGGGCCUUCAGAGCUCACGUGAGUCUCUUCACUCGCUCGCGAGAACCCUGCACAACGAGGCCGAUCCCUACCGUCCUGUCGCUCAGUACGCCAACAGCGAUGCCGGUUCCGUCUACACCAAGACCACGAGCCGACGAGGCUCUGCCAUGACCGGCCGCACCAACAUGACCCAGAGCAGCACACUGCCCCCGCGGCAGAACUCCCUGCCCAGACAGGACUCCCUUCCCAGGCCGCCUCCUGCUACGGCCGACCCCUUUGCAACGCCCAAGUCUAGGUCUGGCUCGCCCGUCCUGGCGCCAAUCUCCCCCGGCAUUGUGUCCCCCACGUCCCCGGUCAUCCGAAGCCCGCUAGUCGCCGAGCCCAUCAUCCCCCAGAUCGAGACGGUACCGUAUCCCGAUGACAAAAACGGGAGCUCUCACGUCCAAAUUCCCGAUAUCCCGGAACCUGCGCCCGUCGCCCGGAGAGGACUUCCCAGCAACCCCCGUCCGUCCCCCGGCCACCCGACAAUUCCUGAGGCCCGGGAGCCCGACAGCACCCCUGCCGGCCAGGCCGAUGCCCCCGUCGGCCUAGGCCUUGACGACCUGAGCUUCCCUGCUCCCUCACACCGCCUCUCACCCCCUGCUGGCGGAGCUUUACCCGCAAGCCCCCGGCCACAAAAGGAGGCCGCUCCUUCCACCCUCCCAGCCAUUGUUCCAGAGGAAACGAAUGCUUACGACAAUUACGAUCAACAUCAGGACUAUCACGACUUUGACUUUGAAGACAGAGGCCGGUCUCAGAGGCGCUCGGUCGAUCUCAACGAUAACCGCCAGUCCCGUGCACUUGGCGUUCCUGCCCAGGACAGCAAGAGACUCUCUGUCGGCUUCCGUCCCCUGCCCCCCGAUGAGGUGAUGGAGUCGGAGGACCCUGAAGAGCGUGCCAACAGGAUCAGGUCCUUCUACAAGGAGUACUUCGAUCCUGACAACCCCCACGCCAACCAGCAGCCCCCGCCGCCCAUGCCUCGCGGCCCUCCCAGGGGACAUCCUCAGGGCGGCCCGCAGUAUUACGAGGACUACGACCCGGGCUACGCCGGUGGUCCUCCCGCGGGCGACGCCUACUUCGACCCCGAGACAAACUCAUUCGUCAUGCCCUACGCGCAGCCCGUCACUCGUCGUGCCAUGACGCCGCCCCCCAACGGUUCCCGCUUCCGAGGCCCCCCUCCUCCCCGGGUCUUGCAUGGGUCCAUGGGCGGUGGUCGCAUGGCCAGUCCAGGCCCUGGCGGAAGACGGCCUCCUCCCCCCCGUGUCGGCUCGGCCAUGUCCAGCCGGCUCGGCCCCUCCCGGCCGGGCUCCGACAUGUCCAGCCAGUACACGCCCCGUCCCGGCUCGUCGGUUUCCAACAGAACGAACGGUGGCCGACCCAGACCAAAGGGACCCCCUCCCGCCGACCUGACCACGUUGCCCAACCCCUCGAAGCUCAAGGAUGACUCAUUCUCCAUCUUGAACCCUCUCGACUUCGCCCCCCCGGAGACCUUUUCCGCUCGCGCUCGUGGUAGAUCUCAGAGCCCGGCGGGAGAGAGACGCCCGUACGCCGCCCCCCAGAUCCCGGUUCACUCCCCAUUGGUGAGCAGCUUUGAAGAGAUGCCCGCCAUGCCAAGCCCGCACUUGUUGCGGAAAUCCGGAACAUUUACCGCUCUUGACUUUGCCCCUCCCCGGAAAUUCAAAGACUCGGACACGAUGAGCGACGCCGGAAGCAUUCGCAGCAACCGCAGUGGCAUCUCAGCCGUCCAGAACGCGGCCCUCCGCAGCGGCGCGGGCCGAGUCAGCCGCUUGCCUGGCGAUACAGUGUUUACGACAAACGCUCUCCAGGACCAGCUCAAGCCGCAGUGGGGCAUGCGUCCGUAA